AUGCAAUUUGUUCAAUUUAAUUCAAAACAUAAUCAACGUCAACGAUGGCAACGAUUUUGGCCAACAACAUUACUAGUUUUAAUAGUAAUAAUUGAAAUAUUAUUGACAAGUGUUAUUAUUGGUCUAGAAUUUUGGAGUAUGAUCAUCAAUGUAAAAUAUUCUUUUUUUUUCAUUGGUUUCAUUGUUUCAUUUUUCUUUAUCAUAACUUCGAUAUCAACAUUUACAGUUGUUUGUUGCUGUGUAAAAUCACUAGUUUGCGCAACAUAUGUACUAAUUGUACAUAUUAUUUCGAUUGCUGCAUCAAGUAUUCUCCUAUAUUAUGAUGCUCUAUUUCUUCGUCAUCCUAAUACAUGUUUAUGGCCAAAAAACUUGUGUAAUGAAGGAUCAUUAAAUCUUAAAUUCUUCGGUACUAUCUUAGGUGCCAGCACAGAUAUUCAUCGGAUUAAAUUUAUUUUAAUUAAAAUACAAAUAACUUGUGCUGCAGUUAUGAUUGCUAUUUGUUUAGUCUAUACUGGCAUCUAUGUUUAUACAACCGUUAAAGUUUAUACUAACAAUAAAAUAACUGAUCCACACACAACUAUUGAACUCGGUCGUAUACAACAACCACCUCCGCCUUAUUGGCCACCGCCACCCCCAAGAGAAUUACCUCCUUCAUCUGAUUUUUGA